AUGAUGAAGAAGAAAGGAGCCAGACAAGGAACCCUACCAUGUUACCAUAUAUUACCAUCUUCAAUGUCGCGUUUGGCGAGUUUUUGGUUGCCUAAAACUUCCGCAAGGCGCCAAAGUCGCAAAAGGCGCUCGCUUAAGGGGCCAGCGCUGAAAGUAGUGCGCCUUUGCCUUUGGCGCCUAGGCUGGCGUAUUUACUGUGUUAGUAGACAACACCAAUUGUUGCAUAAGAAGCCGGGGAUUGAUUGUAUGAUUUCAUCAGCUACUGAGAAUACCAACAACAGUAGUGGUAAAAACGGGAAUAGUAGUAGUAAUCUUAAUUCUGGUAGCAGUGUAGAUAUUGUGGUGAAUAUUCUGGAUACACCAAUGGCGAUGGGUGAUGGAAGUUCAAAUAAUAUUGAUGAAGAUCUUCAUAUUCAGCAACUUGCUGUCUAUGGACGUGAGACGAUGCAAAGGCUGUUUGGUGCGAACGUGCUUUAUACUGGGAUGAACGGAUUUGGGGCAGAAAUUGCAAAGAAUCUUAUUCUCACUGGUGUCAAAUCCGUAACUCUUCAUGAUGAAGGGACAGUGGAGCUGUGGGACUGGUCUAGCAACUUUCUUUUCGCUGAGACAGAUGUGGGAAAGAAUAGGGCCCUUGCUUCUGUGCAAAAGCUGCAAGAGUUGAACAAUGCGGUAGCUGUUUCAACCUUAACAGAGAAACUGUCAAAGGAGCAGUUUUCCUACUACCAGGCUGUCGUAUAUUUACUAAUAUCGGUUUUGCGGCUGCGAGUGAGUAUGUUGAAUACUGUCAUAAUCUCAAGCCUGCGAUUUUGGUCCUGAAUUGACUGUUAUGUUGACGGGGAGGAACCACAUAAGGGAAUGAUUGCACUCAUCAGUAAUGACAAUCCUGCACUCGUAUCUUGCAUUGAUGAUGGAGACCUAGUUGCAUUCUCUGGGGAUCAUGGAACGAGUAGAGUAUUUGAGUUUUCUAUGAUCACUCGUGUGAAUCUUGGUUAAUGUAUUAUCUUACUCUUUGCAUUUGUUUUUCUGUAAUCUGUUUUUUAUAAGAGGAAAGAAAACGGAAAUUAGUGGAACUAUAUAAGGAAUCUCAUAAACCUAUCCAAAUUCUAUUUGCUGGUUGACAA